CCUCAAAGCCCAAGGUCAAGUAUAACUUGAUAGAUAGGCAAGGAAGGAUGCCAGCCAAACUGUUGGGUAUGUGAAUCUGAAGUUCUGAGGUAUGUUCCAGGCUGGAGGUUACAGUUGUGAGUCAUCAGUGCAUUUGUGUUCUUUAAUGUUAUAAAUGUGGGUAAGUUCACUGAGAAGGAAACAUAGAUAGAAUGCUAAAGACUGAGCCCUGGAGCAUGCCAAGACUUAGAGACCAGGAGAUGGUGGAAAACACCAGCUAAAGAAGAGGAAAAGCAGGGGCAAAUAGGGUAGAGCGGAGGGAAAGGCAUUCUGGGAAGAACUCUGUAAAUAGUGCCUGCUCUGGUUUGAAUCUGAAAUGUUCUCAAUAAGCUCAUGUGUUGAACACUUGGUCCCCAGCCAGUGGCACUAUUUUGGGAGGCUGUGGAAACUAAAGAGGUUGGGCAGAAGAAGGUCACAUGGGGUAAGACUUUGAAGGCUAUAGCCCAGACCUUGGUUCUGGUCCUGAGUUCUGCUUGCUGUUUUCUGUGAUGUGAAUGGCUGUCUUCUACCACGUGUUCUACCACAGCCAUGAUGGCACGCCCAUUCACAUGGGACUGAGCAACUAUAGAACCCUCUGAAACAGGAGCUAAAUCAAACCUUUCCUUUUAACAUUGUUUCUGUCUGGUAUAUGGGUCACAGAGAUACAAAAGUAACAUAGAGUGUCAGGAGUCACAAUAGGAGACUAUAAAAAGGAGAAAAACUAAAGGGUAAGAUUUCAAGUUAUCACUGGUUGGUAUGUCUCCCCUAGAGUUGACUGAGACAUAACAUGCAAGGGCUUUCUAACUGAGCUACCCAUAAGUGGAUCAAGUUGCCUUAAGUAAUAAGCAAGAUCCUGGCUCCAAUAAAUCCUGGGGGGAUUGGUUGCUGGGGAGACCUGCCCCAAUAGUGCUCUCUUCCCCCAUCCCCCUGCCCACCUCCCCCCUGUGUGUGUGUGUGUGUGUAGGGGGUGUCUGAUGGCCUGGUCAGAAGGGAAUGAAGUAUUGAGAAUAAAGGAAAGAAAGUUAGCCCGGAAAGGGAUGCAGGACCAGAUGGAGGAGAGCUCCCACAGAGCCCAAGAACACUUGCCAGCACCUGCUAAAGGAAGGAAAGAAAGCAGAAAUAAAAGAGAUUGUAGGAGCCAAAGGAGGCACUGACCACUUGGUUCUCUUGAGCUGGUUUUCUUCUCAUAGCUUGGUCAAGAUUUGUUGAGGCCAGACAUGCCCAAUGCUCUGUGUGCUCUCCCCAGGAGGCACUGGGGGAGGUACCCAAUGGUGUUUCCUUAAUCACCAACCACAUAGUUAGCCCCUUGAGAAUGCCAAGGCCCUGUCCUGGGGCUGCUCUAUGGGUUCACUGUAAGGAAUUGGGCAGACAACUCUUCUGGUGCCUCGGUCUUUGGUAGAAGCAGUAGAUGUUGUGUACUAGAGGUUACUGGAUGGGCUCACAAACAUUGUCCCUGGAAUGCCAGUUGGACAGAACCUGAUGACCUUUCCUUUAGAGAACAAUGAGGCCCGGGCCUUCUGAGGACUCCUAUUGGUGGAGUGGGGUGAAUUUCCUCUCCCCAGAGUGAUAGGCUGGAGGCCAAGACUGACCUUUACGGAUUCCCAAAAGGACCCAAGCCUCUCUGGCAGAAGCUGCAUACUCUUUCUGCACUGGAAGAAGAACUUGCAAAGAGAAGAACGUGCCCAGCAGUGGGUGGAAGUGAUGAGAGCUGCCACAUUCACCUACAGCCCACUGUUGUACUGGAUAAACAAGCGGCGUUACCAUGGCAUGAAUGUAGCCAUUAACACAGGCCCUCCCCCUGCUGUCACCAAGACCGAGCCGGAAGAUCAGAAUUCAGAUUCUUUGUGGGAGUUGGAUCUCUCUGAAGGCAGGAACUUCGUUGUACAAGACAGCAGCCCCAGAGGUGAAGCCUCUGAUCUCUUGCAACAUGUUUUGGGGAUUCCAAAGCAGCCCCAGUCUUCAAAAAUGUCACAGCCUCGGACUGACUCCCCAUUCCCACUUCCCAUCUUUCAGGAGGUGCCCUUUGCCCUGUCCCUCUGCCACCUGCCUCCCAUGUUGAACCACUCUGUCUCCUACCCUUUGGCCAACCGCCCUGAAAGGAAUGUUCCUUUCUGUUCCCUCCCAACACUGGCCCACGGAACAAACUGCUUUAAUGCCAAGCCUUUUGCUUUAGAGCUGUAGUUUCCUCUUAGUGAGGGUGGGAGCUGCAAGUACCAAAGGCUCCCUUUGGUAGAAAACAGAGAUAACCACAAGGAGUUGGUACUGACAAGGAGACCACAGCCACCUGGUGAGAGGUUUAAAGCCACAGAUUUAAAAAAAUAAUAAUAAAGUCCAAGUUUUCCUGUCUCAUUUGCUCCUAGAAGGGCAGUGCCUUUUGUCCCAGCCAAUGUGACUGUGGUGCUUUGUAAACUGGUUAUAAGUUUCACCACUGCAUAUGGGAAUCUGAGAUUACCAUUUGGGAGAUGCUGAACCAAUACUUGUGGCUGGACUGACUCAACAUCCCUCCAUCCAGUGUUUAAGACUGAAUGAGCGCCAGGCUCUGACCUAGGUCUUCAGGCACUGCUCUUCAGCAGGGGGGGAAGCACAGAUGGCACAAGAGGACAGUAGUUGAGAGCUAUGGUGGCCUACAUUGGCUAUGUCAUAAACCUAACAAAUGCCAGUAUGGUUUAGCUGGACUGUUGUUUGCCAUGUAUUGCUUCUUGGCUGGCUGUCUUUGUCCUUUAUUUCUAGUGGUCCCAAGAACAAUGCCAAAUGGCAGUUCUGACCCUCCUGUUCAGAUGCAGACAUGGGUUUCCAGGAUGUAUACCUUGGUGGUUCCACAGCUAGCUCUCUAGUUCACGUUUUCCUGGCAUCUCAUUUCUAGUAUUUCUACCACACCCCACGGUGUCUUUUCUUAGCACUGUCUUGUUAGAACAGUUUGGCUAAAAGCAUUAGGGUAUGAGGGUUGUUGACUGGCAAAUGGGUCAGAGCAUCUUCUAGAAUUACACCUAUAGUUUGUAUCUUAUCCCCUUUCUCCUUUUCUCCCAUCUUCUCUUUUGAGAUGAGGGCUAUUUUAGUCCAGGCUGGCUUGGAACUUAUGCCAGGUUGCCGUUAAACUCUUGAUCCUCCUGCCUCAGUCUUCUGAGUGCUGGUAUUACAGGUUUGUGUCCCUAUACUUGGCUUUAUUGCUUAUAUCUUUAGAUUUUCUUUAAUUUUGUGUGUAUGGAUGUUUUACUUUCAUGUAUGUCUGUGCUUGUGGACGUCAGAAGAGGGUAUCAGAUCCCCUGGAACUGACGUUAGACAACUGUGGCCCUCUAUGUGAGUGCUGGGAAUUGAACCUGGGCCCCCUGGAAAAGCAGCCAGUGGGUUUUUUGUUUGUUUGUUUUGUUUUGUUUUGUUUUUGUUUUUUUUCAAGACAGGGAUUUUCUGUGUAGCCUUGGCUGUCCUGGAACUCACUUUGUAGACCAGGCUGGCCUCGAACUCAGAAAUCCAUCUGCCUCUGCUUCCCAAGUGCUGGGAUCAAAGGUGUGCCCCACCACACCUGGCUGCAGCCAUUGUUCUUAACCACUGAACCAUCUGAACACAUAAAAUGGGCCCAGAUGGAGCUUCUGAUGCACACCAGAGCAGGCUCAUUCCUCAGCCUUUCUUGCUUCCUCGCAUCCUGAAUAUGCCGAAAGCCUGAGCCCUGCAGGCUUUGCUUCAGGUCAAACAUUGAAAUGCUUUCAUGUCUUUUUUUUUUUUUUUCGAGACAGGGUUUCUCUGUGUUCCCCUGGCUGUCCUGGAACUCACUCUGUAGACUAGGCUGGCCUCGAACUCAGAAAUCUGCCUGCCUCUGCCUCCAGAGUGCUGGGAUUAAAGGCGUGUGCCACCACGCCUGGCUCCUUGAAAAACAAACAAACAAACAAACAAACAAACAAACAAACAAACACCCCAAAACUGAAAACCUAUCAAUGAAGUUCAUUAGGGUUGCUUACCAGUGGCUACAAAAUGGCCUUCCCUCCCACAGCACCCAUUAACUACAUUUAAGUCCUCAGGGAUAGGUGGGGGCUCCAACAGCUCCUUUCAAACCCACCAUGUUUGUUGGUAGUCACAGCUACAGUGGGUUUGAGAAUUUAAGAGCCACUCCAGCUUAAAGUCAGACUUCUAUACCACUCCCCGACUUCCUGCAGCUCCUAUAUUGUCUGCCCUUUCUUCUAUGAUACUCCCUGAACCUGGAGGGGAUAUAUAAAUGCCUCAUUUAUGGAUGGCCAUUCAACCCUCACUUUGACUGGUUAUGGGUCUCUGUGGUAUGGCCUAGGACCUUCCUAGCCACAGGCUUUUGACUGGGAUUACGAAAUGAGUCAUGCAUUUCCUGUUGUGGAGUGGGCUUCAAGUCCAAACAGAAACUGCUUGGUUAUCCCUGUAAGAGCUGCUACUCCUGUACCAGUGGGUACACCUUGCCUGUCUGGUCAGCAGUAUUGCACACAGGAUCCACAGAUGACAGUUGAUGGCUCUCCCCCCACCCACCCCAGCAGCCUGCAGACUACCUUCAUGCAUUAUGAUGGCUAUCCAUCAGGAAGGAAACUCCCGCCCAGUUCCAGCUUGAUUUCUGUCCUGUCAACAGAGGAUGAGGUGUCUUCAGCAAAGGUCUUAAGAGAGAGGUCUGGUGGGCAACCAGUGGCAGAGACAAUUCUUGCUUUUUGUUGUUGCUGUUGUUGUUAGUCUUAGGUGCCUACUUGGCAAAAAUAAAGCAGAUUCUUGAUAUUGUUUUGUACCUCCAACUAAUAGCCCUUGAUUUCAAGAGGAAGUAGCAAGCAGUCCACAAAAAUAAAGAUUAAAGCAGGUUUCCCCCUUUAAUUAUCAGGGGAGCAGGGAAAAUUCUAGUCAGACACAGUGAGAGAAACGUAAUGUUUUAUUUAGAUAAAUUAAAAUGGCUAUAUUGAUAGGAAGUAAGUAAAGCUCAAAUGAAGUCAUGGAAACCUUGAAUCCACUCUAAACAAAACCAAAAUUGCUUAUGUAUUACCAAAAUAGUUCCAUUAAUAUAAAGUAGAUUUACCGUUCUUAAUAUGAGAAAACAACAAGGUAGGUUAGGUUUAUAUAACAAACAAUACACACUCUCUAGUCUCAGGAAUACCCAAAUGUGUUCUGGCUUGAAUAUGAGAGAAGGGACCACAUCUAGAUGGUUGGUAAGCAAGCCAAUGAGGUGUGUAGCAAACAAAAGCUGUCACUAAAAACAACUCAAUAGGCCAUUAUAAGUGUGAGCCCAUCACAGUCAAAACCUUCAGCUGUGACGCUGGGACCAGGGAGGGGGCUGAUGGGGCUGUCCAGCAAUGGUAAAGAGCAAACUGCAAUGGAAGGGAAACAAGCUGGUCGUGAAGUGAGACUGUCUGCCUCAGCUCUUCUGCAUUAGACCCAUUCUUAAGAGCCAAGCAUCCAUUGCUCUGCUCCUCCUUGAAUGUUACUACAGUCAUAUUUAAGCCAGGUACUUUUCUGAGACAAGAUCUCACUAUGGAGCCCAGACUGGACUAGAACUCAUUACUUUCCUGUCUCAGUCUCCCAAGGGCUGGGAUUACAGGUAUGUACUACCAUGACUGGCUUGUGAAUGGUCUUUCAGUAAAUAUUAUGGUAGAUGGUACAUAAAGCAAAGGACCAAGGGUAACACUUUAAGAAACUAAGGUGGGAAGUACUCUUAGCUACUGACUGAUAAGGCCAAAGGAUUGAAAUCCAAAGCCAAACUCACCACCACUACCAUUGAGUUCUCUUAGAGGUGAUCUGUGGCUGGUGAAGCUUGACUAACACAAGGCACUGGAUGCACAAGGUAAGACAAUAAACAAAUGAAGACCCAAUCUUCACCGAUUGAUAGGUUUUUGGGGCUCCUAAGCCAGUGAGUCUGUCCAAUUUCUAGCAAAGGAUAGCAACCUCUGCCUAGAUCUGGUAAUGCCAUAGUCAGGAUGAGAAACGUAUAGAAUGUCAGAGGGCAGUUAUGGCUACCUCUGGUCAGUUUGAUAAGAGACAUCACAUGGCUCAGGGGUGAUGCUGGCAGACAAGCUUCUUGACAUGGAAAAACCAGAAGAAAGUCCAAGAAACAAAUCCUGCUUCCUCACUGAAAAGCAUAUACCACAAAGAGUUAAGGUGUCUUGAAAGUAUCUGCCUACAAAUGAGAACUUGAAACUAAAAAGGACAAGCUACAUUACCCUCAGUAUAUUUCAUAUAAAUCAGUUCUCAAAAAAAAAAAAAAAAA